CUCAGAAGCGGAAGAAGUGGGAGAGCGCGCGCAGAGCGUGUGUCGUGAACUCGCAGCCAGCUGCCGAAACCGUAGCAGGGGCCGAGUGCUAGGGCGCCUCCAGCCGCGAACACCAUGGCGGACAAGGCCAAAGAUGCAGCCGCCAUGGAAGAGAAAAAGGUGGCGGCCAUCAAGGUGGUCACCACACUCUUUCCGAGAAUUCCCAAAGUGACAACGGUCCUCCUCGACUUCUACGUGAAGCGGGAAAGCGUGGUGUCCCUGCAGAAGGAACCCCUAUUGCACUUCUCACAGUCCCAAGUGGUGCUGGCCGCCCAAGAUAUCAAGGAGAAAUUGAACCGUCAGAUCAUCACCUACCAGGACAUGCGGGACACGGCCGAAAACUUAAUCUGCUUGCACAACAUGGUGUACAAGAAGGAUCAGGCCAUAGCCAAGGAGCUGGGGGAGAGUUUUAGGAAAAUGGUCAUCAUCAUCGGCGAACUGGCUACGUCCCUGGAGAAAGUGUCCGAGGUGCCACCAACGGACUGGAUGGCCAUCGGCGACACCGUCGUGGCCAAGACGGAAAAGCUGAACGUCGCUGACCUGGCGCCGUUCUGGACGUAUAUACCGAAAAUGAGUGAUUUCGAAAAUGUCAAACUUCUCGGAGCUGGUGGUUUUGGGGCCGUGUAUAAAGUUAUUCACAAGCAAAGUGGUCUAGUGUCCACGAUGAAGCUCGUCGCCUGCAGCUUGUUCCAGAGGCACUCGCAAGCUAUUGCCGACAAGAUCGUAGCCUCUAUCAUCCGUAGCCCGUUCCUUGUCAGGUAUUACUGCUGUUACGUUACGAAGGAUGCCAUGAUCACGGUUAUGGAAUACAUCUGCGGGGUGGACUUGAAUCGAGUGUGCGACAAAGCUGUUUACCUGCCGACCAACGAGUGUCGUAUCGUGUUUGCUCAAUUGGUUCUCGCCGUGGAGCAUCUGCACUUGCGGGGAUUUUUCCAUCGUGAUAUCAAGGUCCAAAAUAUGAUGAUUCUACCUGGCGGACGAUGUAAAUUGAUCGACUUCGAUACUAAUAAAUUGUGCAUCGGCCACUUCUCCCGGCGAUGUCUCAAGGGGUAUUUCUUGAAGACCGCCUUCGAGCACAACGACGGUGAAUCCGCGGGCACCGUACCGUACAUGGCACCGGAAAUCUUGAAGCGGAGGCCGUACGGACGCGCCUGCGACUGGUGGUCUUGCGGGGUCACCCUUUACAAGCUAAUGACAGGCCGGGUGCCUUUCCGGGGAGACACCAAAGAAGAGCUGCGGGACAAGAUUAUUAAUUCUCCGCUCAAGUGGCCAAAGCCCGAAGAGUUCCCACUUUGUAAUUCGCCGGAGGCAAAAGACAUGGUCUUCAAGUUCCUGAAGAAAAAUCCGGUGGAACGUCUGGGCUCCACGCACUAUAUUGACAUUAAGACUCACGCUUUCUUCGAUGGUUUCAACUGGAAAAAAUUGAGCGCGUCCAAGGAGGUUGCCGAUAUUCGAGCCAUUGCAGAGUGCAUGGGAGGCACCAAGGACAAGAAGGCUAUUGACCAACAUCUGAGUGUUGGAGCCACCAGUAACACAAAGAAACGAAAGCUGUUGAAAGUCGAAGAGAUGAUUGACGUUGACGGUAAAACUCAGUUGCCCAUCUACACGUACCUGGCUCCAAGUUUCAAGAAACUGGUAGACGAAUGCAAGGCCAAAGGGCAGUUGAACGUCAAGUCAUCAUACAUGAAGACUGGUAGCGGAGUAUCUGAGGAACUGGACUACAAGAAAACGUCUGACACUGACGUCGUCGGUGGCAUCACUGAAUACACCAAAGGAUCGGCUGCAUCGACUGACAAGUCGAUCACAGCCAAGGAGAAGAUGGACGUGAUGCUUUUCCGAGAGAAGGCCAUGGGAAAAUUCUGGAGCUUCGGCGUCACUCUUGUCAAGGUCACCGGGGAACAGAAUAAGGAGUUCUUUAUGGUUGAGAAAGUGAAAAAGGGCAGUCCAGCCGAGGCCUCGCACGUUCUCGAAGGAGACGUCGUGGUUGCCGUCAACAACCAGGACAUCAGCACCAUGGGCUUGCCUCAAGUCACCAAACUAAUUCACGACUCUGGAGACCAGGUCGUGUUGACCGUGUUGUCUUCGAGCGCUUUUCGAAUCCUCGAGUCCCGGCGUGAUAUGGAGAAGAUCUUGAAGGUAUCCGGCAAAGAUAACAUCACUGUUCGUGCCAUCAAGACCAUGUGCAGCGGCGCGGGAUACUAUGGAUUCCGGACGUUUGAGGCCAAGGCGUGGAAUGAGGAAAACAAGCAAGUCGUCCAUUGUCACGUUAUCCAGAAGGUGGACGACGCUCAAGUGGUUACUCCAGGAAAGGCCAUCUAUCCCGGCGACAUCUUGACCAUGGUGGACGGCGUGCCAACAGAUAACAUGGACGCAGCAUCAGUGAAGGCGGCGCUCGCCAAGGGAAACAAGCCGGAGAUGGCCAUAACAAUAGCACCCAUCUCACCCCUUCGAGUGAAGCGACCCUCUUUCACCAGGUUGCACGAGACCGUCGUUGCAGACGCCGAAAUCAAGGCUGAGGAUAAAUGAUGAUGAUAAUGAAGUUCAUUCAGCGCUGCA